CAGAAGUCUGGGGCAAACCGCCCUCUGGACCCCAUCCAGCACCCCACGUGCUUUCCCUUUCAUGAUCCACCGCGGCUGCUUCUGGUGACUCCUUCUCCCCUCUUCACGCAGAGGAUGGCUGGGCUCUGGAGCUGGCUGCUGGCUGUGGGUCUCCUGGAAGGGCUGAGGGGGGCCCUGAGCUGCGUGCCUCCUCCAGGGGCCAGGAACUGGGCAAGAGGCCAGCCUGCCACUCAGUCCUCCACGUACCCCCAGUGGGGCACCGUCUACAGCCGAGCAGAGAGCGCCGUGGAUGGCAACCGUGAUGGGGACUGGCGCCAUGGCUCCUGCAGCCACACCCUGGUGGAGGAAGAGCCCUGGUGGAGCCUGGAUCUGGGCGCCUCCUACGCCAUCUCGGCCGUGGUGGUGAAGAAUCGCCAGGAGUGCUGCUCGGGACGGCUCCAGGGGGCCCAGAUCCACGUGGGAGACUGUGGGACCGACCACGGCAAGUGCAACCCAAUCUGUGGGUCCGUCUCCAAUGGCAGCGCCGGCUCCCUCAGCGUCAUCUGCUGCGACGGACGGCGAGGACGCUAUGUGACGGUGGUCAUCCCUGGCCGAGCAGAGUACCUGACCCUCUGUGAGCUGGAGGUCUAUGGCUCCAGAGUGGGGAAGGGGUGCUAGAGAGCAUCGAGAGGGGGACUACGAGCCGGACUGGAAUGGCUCCCUAAUAAAACUCCUGGUUC